UGAUCGUCUCAGCUGAGCUCCUGAUCAGACGUCCUGAGUCCUGAGAGAUGGAGUCGGUCCUGCGGGGGGAGCUGGGGCUCAGGGCCGCUUUCAGAGAGGAGCUGAGAGAGGACGGCUGUGGGAACGGAUGGCCCUCCUGCCCUCUUUCUGCAGACAUGCAUCCGGCGUCGCACUUCGCUCUGGCCGCUGCGUACCACGACAUCAAACUGCGGCUGGCCAGUCUGGAGCGAGAGAACAGCAGCAUCAAGAGGAAACUGAAGAGCUACGAGAUCAAAUUCCCUGUGAUCAGUGAGUUUGCGGAGGAGCGGAGUGGGUGCUGCUCGUGUGAACCCAAAGAGACCAAACUGAUCCAGACAGAAAGCAGCAGCAGCCUGCACCAGAGAAUCAGCUCACUCACACAGGAGCUGCAGAAGAGUAAAGCUCACGAGGAGCGCCUGGAGGAGGUGAUUAAAGCGUACGAGAAGAUCCAUUUGGAGAAAAGUAACGUACAGAAGGAGCUGGACAGCAUGACCACUCUGGCGGAGCAGCAUGUGAAGAGGAUCCGUGAGUUGGAGUCGGCUCUGAGACAGAGAGAAACGCUGCUGCAGAAGAAAAGCUUCAGAGUGAGCAGCGGGAGAGAAACUACACACCCACAUCCACAUCCUCACCCGCACCUGCGCAGCAAAGACCCGCACCUCCUCCACCUCCACAACAGCCUGGACGUUCCCGGCGCGUUGGACUGUCCCGGUCCGACCCUGCAGAGCUCCCGUAGUCUGGAUGCUCUCACUGACCUGAAGGUGCAGCGUCUGGAGGCGGAGCUAGAGGGGGCAUGGCAGGAAGCACAGGGGGCAUGGCAGAGGGAGGCGGAGCUAAGGGCGAAGCUUCAGCAUUUACAGGACGAGAUCAGACACUUACAGGAGAAACAAAGAGAGGAGCUGGACGUUCCCUGUGACCACUGCAAUGUGGAGUGGAUCAAGAAAGCAGGAGAUGAACAGGUGAAUCUGGCUCUGGCCUACACGGAGCUGACGGAGGAACUGGGCCGAAUCCGCAGCCUGACCUCAGAACAGAGUGAGAUACUGAGACAGAAACGAAACCCACCAGAGCAGAAAAGCCCCGUACUGAGGCACUCUCCUGCCCCUCAGCGGCGCUGUCCACCCUCGCCCCUCUCCCCUCCCUCCGGUCCGGCCUCAUUCUCCCCCCGCCUGUCCACCCGCCGUCUCCGGGCGUGUUUCCAGGGCCGCCGGAGCUUCUCCGAAAUCACCGACCCCUCCUCUGCCCACCAGGGCUGUCCUCGGACCCUCCACAACCCAGCUUCCACUCUCCCCAAACACCGGCCGGCGGGCGACGUCUACCUGAGGCAGCAGGGGGCGCUGUCCAUAGGGCCCCGCCCAGCCUCCGCCCACAGUGCGACACGGAGCAUCACCUGUGCCUCACCUGUGCGAGAUGUGCGUCACCUGCGCGCUCAGGAGCAUCUGCCUGACCCCACCCCGCUGGUCACACCGCCGCAGUCUUCAGAGGACGAGGAAGAGGAGUGGCCCAGUACAAGCUCCGCCCACAGUCCCAUCCACAGCCCACCUAGGACGCUGGGGGUGGUGCCCACACAUCCUCCGUUUCCUGCCCCCGACGGUCCGAGCACGCUGGCCUGCCCCCUGCUGAGCACAGAGCAUGCUCAGUCCUGGCCGUCAAUCAAACUGUGGAUGGAGUCGGAGGAGAACGAUUCUCGAAGCUGCCCGCUCUGCCAGCUGACAUUUCCCACUGGAUACCCUGACGACGCUCUAAUCAAACACAUUGAUACUCAUCUGGAAAACAGCAAAAUCUGACCAACUUGUCUUAGUCUUUGGUGAUUCAUGCACUGUAAGCAAAUCCAGAGAGUAAAGCCACGGACAGCAUUCUGAACAGGAGAACUUCAACAGAAAUGGUCAAAAGUAACUGACCACAGUGUAUUUUGAGUAAUACUGCCACUGUGCAGAUCCUGAGAUCUACAAAAAACUCACAUAAUCCUAUAUUUGUCCA